CAUUGAACUUCGGUAUAGGUUAAAUGGACGAGCAGGUUAAAAAGUCCAAGAAAAGACAGAAUCCUAGAGAACAUGCAAACUUAUUUACUGUCUUAACAUUUCUAUACACUCUUCCGUUAUUCUUAUUGGGUAACACCAGAGACAUUAACGAAAGUGACUUGUACGAAACUUUCACCGGGCAUAAGGCCUCAAUACUAGGAAAAAAAUCUCAAAUUCUAUGGCAGGAGGAAUUAGACAACGCAAUCGCACAAAAAAGAAAACCAUCGCUAUUGAAAGUAUUAGUCAAAAUAUUGGGAUGGGAUUUUCUACUUAUAGGAAUCGCCGUUGGAUGUGAAAAUUUUGUAGCACAGCCAUGCAAAGCGUUGUUUCUUGGAGGUUUAAUAGGCCAUUACGCAAAAAAGGAUAGCAGUGGAUUCCCUUCUUACCUUUACUCCCUGGGAAUAAUAGUAUCAACGCUUUUCUGUUGUCUGAUAGUACAACCAUAUUUAAUGGCGUCAUACCAUAUGGGACUUAAAAUGAGAGUUGUGUGUAGUUCUUUAAUUUAUAACAAAAUUUUGAAGUUAAGUCCAUCUUCAAUUAGGAAAUCGACUCCUGGUUACAUCAUUAAUUUACUUUCUGGAGACAUUAACGCAUUUGAGCGAGUUGGAGGCUUGCUUCACAUGUUAUGGAUUGGUCCGUUACAAGCAAUUCUAUUUCUGUAUUUAGCGUGGACGAAAAUUGGUGUUUCGUCCACAUUUGGAAUUGGAUUCAUGGUUAUGUUUAUUCCUGUUUAUGUUUUAUUGGGGAGCAUAUUGAAAAGGUAUCGAUUGAAAGUGUCAACGAGACGAGAUGAACGCAUACGGUUAACCAAUGAACUAAUUCAGGGAAUAAAUGUAAUCAAAAUGUAUGCCUGGGAGAAACCCUUCGCUGAGAUUAUAUCGACGUUCCGCAAGUUAGAAGUAGAUUCCAUGAUGAAGUCGACAUACUUGAAAGGCUUGUUCACUUUCAAUGAAAUUUUAAUUGCAACAUCUAUCUUUAUAACUAUCAUAUCUUCAGUGUUACUGAACGAUGCCUUCGAGGCAACGGCGGUGUUUAUAACCAUGAACCUAUUCUUUUCGCUUGGUUUAACGGUUACAACAUUCUUCCCGCUUAGCAUAGCAGUUCUAGCGGAAUUCCGCGUAUCACUGAAACGCAUUUCCGCAUUCUUACAGUCUCAAGAAAUUGACUUCCAUACAAAAUCCGAAGAUAGUGAAUCAGCAGUGGCCAUCACUAGCGGAUUUGCCAAGUGGGAUGAAAAUGGAAAUCGGAAUACGCUGACGGAUAUAAACAUACACAUAAAAAAGAAUUCUUUAACUGCGUUAAUUGGAGCAGUUGGCUGUGGAAAAUCUAGCUUGUUCCAGGUUAUACAAGGAGAGUUACCACUAUCAAUAGGGCUGUUGUGCGUUAAUGGUUCUUUGAGCUGCGCACCACAAGAAGCAUGGAUAUUUUCAGCAAGCAUUCGACAAAACAUCCUUUUCGGUAGUGAGAUGGAUGAAGAACGAUACAUGAAGGUGAUUGACUGUUGUGCAUUGGAGACAGACCUCAAGCUAUUUCCGCAUGGAGACCAAACCAUUGUAGGUGAACGCGGUACAUCUUUGAGUGGAGGUCAAAAAGCAAGAAUAAACUUGGCUCGAUGCGUUUACAGGAAAGCAGGCAUUUAUUUGCUCGAUGAUCCUCUUUCGGCCGUUGAUUCACGGGUAGGAAAACAUAUUUUUGAAAACUGCAUUCGAGCUUUUCUAAACGAAAAGACAGUACUUUUAGCAACCCACCAACUUCAGUACUUAGCAUAUGUUGAUUACGUUAUUGCCUUAGACGAAGGUGCCGUACAAAUGCAAAGCUCUGAAAAAGAAUUGGAAGCCUCGAAAUUUGACUUGUCAAGAUACAUAUCCCAAAACCACUCGGCUUCGCGUGCGGAUUCGGAUUCCAUGUUAAACCCGAGCAACGUAAAAGAUCCUGCACAAGUUCAAGAAGCUAGAAAGUCAGGAUUCAUUUCCAUCGGCACUUACAAACGAUACUUAUUUGCGUCUAACAAUCUUUUGUUUGUUAUCUGUACAGUGCUUCUGUUUAUCUUUGCUGAAUUGUCUAUAAGUGGAUCAAUCUACUUCAUAGGGCACUGGAUAAAUGUGGAGCAACAUCAACAUGUUGAAGAUAGAGGCAUUUACAUGCAAGUUUAUUGCGGUAUUGCUGUAGCUGCCGUCUGUUUUGCAAUUCUAAGAUUGAUAACGUUUGUGACCCUAACCAUGGCAUCUUCAAGAUCUCUUCACGAUACAAUGUUCACGCGUUUAUUGCAUUCCAGUAUGAAGUUUUUUAAUUCAAACACGUCUGGACGGAUCCUCAAUCGUUUCUCAAAGGAUUUGCUUUCGAUGGAUGAGGUGCUACCGAAUAUGGCUGUUAUAGCUAUCCUAAUAAUUUUAAAUGUCAGUGGACUUCUGAUUGUCAUUUGUGUAGUCAAUCCAUGGUUUAUUAUUCCCACUGUCUUGGUGCUUGGGUUACUGUUCUUCAUAAGGCGAUUUUACCUAAGCACAAAUUUGGGAAUAUUAAGAGUUGAAAGUGUUGUUCGAAGUCCUUUAUAUGGACACGUGCAAGCUACUUUGCAAGGUUUGCCCACCAUUCGAACCUUCGGGGUUCAAGAAACACUUACGAACGAGUUCAACAAUUAUCUUGAUACACAUAGUACCGCACUUCAUAUGUCAUACUCAGUGUCCCGAGCAUUCGGAUAUUGGAUCGACUUGUUAUCAUUUAUAUUCGUGAGCAUUACUGUUAUAUUUUACAUGCUUAAAGAAGGUAAGUCUAUUACCUACACCGAACCCUCUCAGUUUAUUAGCCAUCUAAAUUUAGAAGCGUACAGUGGAAACGUAGGCCUUGUGAUAACCCAAUCUCUACGUCUGAUCGGACAGCUUCCGUGGGGAAUGCGCCAUUUAACCGAUGUUGAAAACUGCAUGGUAUCAGUAGAACGUGUAUUGGAGUACACCACAAUUGAAGGAGAGCGUGCCCUGAAGAGUGCACCCAACCUUAAACCAUCUGUCGCAUGGCCAUCAUUAGGCGGUAUUAAAUUUAAAAACGUCAGCCUUAGAUACUCCCCAGACGAACCCUUUGUAUUAAAAGGUUUAAACUUUGUUGUUGAGCCUUUACAAAAAAUUGGAAUCGUUGGCAGGACUGGUGCUGGCAAAUCUUCGAUAAUUGCUGCACUGUUUCAACUUGCCGAGACCAAAGGUUCAAUAAUCAUUGACGGAGUUGACAUCACUAUCAUCGGUUUACAUGAUUUAAGAAAGAAAAUGUCAAUUAUUCCUCAAGACCCCGUCAUAUUUUCUGGUACAAUUAGGAACAAUUUGGAUCCGUUCAAAGAAUUCCCCGAUGACAUCUUGUGGAGUGCUUUGGAGGAUGUUAAAUUGAAAGAGAUUGUCAACCAGCUACCGUCAGGCUUGAGCUUCUCAGUGUCUCACGAUGGUUCCAACCUGAGUGUGGGCCAGCGCCAACUACUAUGUUUAGCCCGAGCAAUCAUUCGUAGGAAUAGAAUUUUGAUUCUUGACGAAGCCACCGCUAAUGUUGAUCUUGAAACUGACGCUAUAAUACAAGAUACCAUAAGAACAAAGUUUGCUAAGUGCACCGUACUUACUGUGGCACACAGAAUUAAUACAAUAAUAGAUUGCGACAAAAUAUUGGUAAUGUCCGCUGGAGAACUAGUCGAAUUUGAUCAUCCCCAUACAUUACUUCAAAAAGAAGAUGGAGUAUUUUGUGGUAUGGUGAGGCAGAUGGAUGUGUCUAUGGUGGAAACCUUAAGGAAUACUGCACGAAAGACGUACAGAAGAGAGAAGAGUAGUGUUACACAUAUGUAAUGACUUAUUACAGCUUCUUAAUAAAUGUUUGUAAAUACUCA